CCACAGUGAGGAAGUGACGAUCGUUCGGUCAACAGUUUCAAACGAAUAUCUGCGAGGGAGAUUUUGUAGUAAUACGUUUAAUAGAAACAAAAAAAUAUAUAUAGAAUGAAAUUGUAUGUCUACUAUGUUUAUGCAAAUUGAUAUGGGUCGAACUUAAGUUAUAUAACAUUUAUUCUCUGGCAUCUCUGCCGUUUUGUUGUAUCGUUACAAAUUUGGAAUGCAAUUAAAAAAGUAAACAGUCCAAAAAUAUAUACGUUCGAUUUGCAACAAAUGGCCACAUAAAAUGGGACAAUAUAAAUGUAGCAUUAAGAAAGGCAAGAAAUAAUAUCGCAACCAGAAAAUGAAUACAAUGUAAAUAGUAAAUACAUUAUACAAUAACACAAUAAAAACGUUCUAAUAAAACAGGAAACACGGAUUUCGCAGAGCAUCAGGGUCAUGACGUCACGGGGACAUGGCGGCGCCCGGAGGAGAUCUCGCACGUGUUGUUUAAAGCUAGUUUGGAUCAUCAUGCAACAUUUGAAAACUUGGUUGUGAAGUUUUGUAAGCGCGCAACUGCGCAUGCGUCAUUUAUCCCCCCGCUUUGAAAAAGAGAUGAGCGAUUUAUUGUGUUGACACGACAGUAAAUAAUCUUACACUCUUUCUUUCUCCAGAACGGACUUUUCCCCUUUUACUCUUGUUUUACAAUCUCUAGUUAUUGUAUUGAUCAUUGCAGCUUGGUAAACCAGUGUUUAAUGCAAGAAUAGCCAAACUAAGCCCUUUAAAUGGCCAGGAUCUGCUGUGGGCCCCUGCACACCUUUGCACUACUGACUUCUGUAUUUCUUAUUCUGGUGCACAAGGACAAGAACGUUUCAUUUGCCUUUUCUCCAUCAGCAGAAUGGCAGCAUAGUACAAACAUCUCAUACAGGAGCGUUCAGUUCCGAGAGAACUUAAGCAGUAAUGUUACUGUAUCUGCUGAUCCCAGGACUCACACUAGAUAUGUCAGAGAUCAGUGUGGUAUAGCGGUGGAGAGCCGUAUCAACUGUGGCUGUGAUAGAUCUUUGAGCCGGGCUGAUUGUGAGGCAAGAGGAUGCUGCUAUGUGCCUCUGCCUCAGUCUGGAUUAGGAGGACCACCGUGGUGUUUCUACCCAGUCCGUUACCCAGGCUACAAGAUGGGGCCCCUGUUGCCCACAGAGAAGGGCCAAAGAGCCACCCUGGCCCGUUCUGCACCCUCAUACCUGCCCCGGGACAUCCCCACACUGCAGCUAGAUCUGAUGCCUGAGACUUUGGGUCGUCUUCACCUCACUCUGAAAGAUCCAGCAUCUCCACGAUAUGAGGUUCCCUUUGUGACGUCCCAAUCCAGGGGCCACAAGGACAUACAAAACCCCCUCUAUGAUGUCGACUUCCAACCAGAUCCGUUUGGAUUCAUCGUACGGCGAAAAUCCAAUGGCCGGGUCCUUCUGAAUACUACAAUAGGCCCGCUCCUGUUUGCAGAUCAGUAUGUACAGCUCUCCACCAGCAUGGCUUCCUCUGUGAUUUCUGGCCUGGGUGAACAUUACACCCCCAUCACGCUGGACCUCAACUGGACCUCUGUUUCAUUAUGGAACAGAGACAUGGCGCCACAUAGAAGCGCCAACCUGUACGGCUCCCACCCUUUCUUUUUGGUCCAAGAAGGUGAUGGACAGGCACAUGGAGUCUUUCUUCUCAACAGCAAUGCGAUGGAAGUGUUUCUGCAGCCCGCUCCAGCAUUAACUUGGGUGACUGUCGGAGGAAUACUGGACUUCUACAUCUUCUUAGGCCCAAGUCCUCAGAGUGUGGUUCAGCAGUACCAUGAGGUUAUAGGUUAUCCCAUGAUGCCACCCUACUGGUCGCUGGGCUUCCACCUCUGUCGCUGGGGUUAUACGUCCACCAACAUAACAAGAACAGUGGUACAGCUCAUGCGCCAGGCCAAGAUCCCUCUAGACGUACAGUGGAAUGACCUUGAUUAUGCAGACCAAAGAAGAGUCUUUACGUUUGACCUUCAAAGAUUUGGAGAUUUGCCCCGAAUGGUUGAAGAGUUCCAUCAGCUGGGCAUGAAGUAUGUGCUCAUUCUGGAUCCAGGCAUCAGUAGUGCGAGUCCUCCUGGUUCAUACAAACCCUUUGAUGACGGGCUGAAGAGGGGAGUGUUCAUCAAAAACUCCACUGGACAGAUCCUUAUUGGAAAGGUAUGGCCGGGUCCAACUGCGUUCCCAGAUUUCACCAAUCCCACAACACAGGACUGGUGGACGGACUGCAUCAGAGUCUUUCACAGCAAGGUACCUGUGGAUGGACUCUGGAUAGACAUGAAUGAGCCGUCAAAUUUUGUGCAGGGCUCUGUGGAUGGGUGUCCUGACUCUGACUUGGAGAAACCACCUUAUACACCAGGUGUGGUCGGUUGUAAGUUGGAAGUAUGUGUUUUGUGUGUGUCCGCACAGCAGUAUCUGUCCAAUCAUUACAAUCUGCACAAUCUGUAUGGGCUGACCGAGGCCAUCGCCACCCACAGGGCACUGUUGAAAGUGAAGAGCACUCGGCCGUUCGUCCUGUCCCGGUCAUCUUUUCCAGGACUGGGCCGUUUCUCUGCACACUGGACUGGAGAUGUGCGGAGCGACUGGGAGCAGCUGCGCUUUUCAAUACCUGGUGUGCUUCUGUUUGGACUCUAUGGCGUCCCGUUAGUGGGAGCUGAUGUCUGUGGGUUUGGAGGAGACACUACUGAAGAGCUGUGUGUGCGCUGGACACAACUUGGAGCCUUUUACCCCUUUAUGAGAAACCAUAAUGACAAACCCAAUGCGCCCCAAGAGCCGUUUGUUUUUAGCCAGCAAGCCCAGGAUGCCAUGAGGACUGCGAUUACACUGCGAUACUCUCUGCUGCCCUUCCUCUACACACUGUUCCAUCACACACACUCCUCCGGCAGCACCGUGGCCCGUCCGCUCUUCCUUGAGUUUCCCACUGAUCCAGAUUGCCAGACCAUUGACAGGCAGUUCCUAUGGGGCAGUUCACUGCUUAUCAGCCCCGUUCUGGAAGAGGGAGCGCUGGAGGUGACGGCCUAUCUUCCCCCGGGGACUUGGUACAGUCUGCACAAUGGGGAAGCAUAUUACAGUAAAGGGCAAUACAUUCUGUUCCCUGCUCCUUUAGACACCAUUAACGUUCAUGUGAGAGAAGGGAGCAUCAUCCCGCAGCAGGUACCUGCAUUGACGACUACAGCAUCUCGCAGGAAUCCUUUCACCCUAAUCGUGGCACUGUCUGUGGGAAAUUGGGCUAAAGGGGAGCUCUUCUGGGAUGAUGGGGAAAGUCUGGACACUUUUGAGCAUGGAAAUUAUUCAUAUGUGCUGUUCUUUGCUGAAGAGUCUUAUGUGGUCAGUAAGCCAGUCAAAUUAAAUGGAUCUCUCGAUGGGUUGGUCCUCGGGGAAGUGCGUGUUUUUGGGGUUCGGGCUCCACCUACAUCCGUGUGGGCCAAUGGCCAAAAGGUUCAUGACUUCUCUUACAGCCAAGACACCAAGGUUCUGACAGUGGCCGGUCUGGACUUACCCAUGACAGCCAUGAUCACAGUACAGUGGAGCUGAAGAGAAAUCUCUGCUGUGAUGCUGCUGUGUAUAUGUUCCUUGCUUAUGCAAUAUAAAUGCAUAUAUAAAGUUUUUAUCCAGUUAUCAUUAACGUCAUAUUUCUACUGUCCAUUGCCAUUUAAAUAUUGUUUUUGCUGUAAAAUAAAUCUUUAUUUUUUA